AUGUCCAACCGGCCAAUUUCCUUCGACUACGAUGUUCACUUCCACAAAUUUCAUACGCAGUUUCUUGAACAUCGACAUAGCGAUCGAUGUCGACCUCCUAAGAUAGAAGAGUCACAGUUUAUGAUUGGCCAGGAGGACGAAGCGGAGGCCGUGUUUAUAUUUGCAUUCAGCUCUAUUACUACUCAUACAAGACGUCGACUGGAAGACGCCCGUCCGUUGACGUAA